CACCCGCUUCCACCGUAGCCGCUGCUGCCCUGUUCGCCUUGUCCGAGGAGGGCCUCUCCUUCUCCCUCCUCUCCCUCGGCGGGCCGCCGUCCCAGCCGCAGCGGCGCGCGCGCCAUGGCGUCCUAAUCAGCGACAACGCCGCCACGUGCCUGCGAAGCAGAGCGUAAGGUUUCGUGUAUGAUGCCAAGCAUGGAUGAAUCCCUUCUUGGCAAUGGUGUUCAGAAGACCGGAGGGGUGGGAGAGAACCUGGUGCUGCCUGAGGUCAGAAAGCAGCUGUACCUUGCUGGGCCACUCAUCGCCGCAUGGAUGCUGCAGAACAUCGUCCAGAUGAUAUCUGUCAUGUUUGUUGGUCACCUUGGUGAGCUUGCACUCUCCAGUGCCUCCAUCGCCACCUCCUUUGCAGGUGUUACUGGCUUCAGUUUAUUGUCUGGCAUGGCAAGCAGCUUGGACACACUGUGUGGCCAAGCCUUUGGGGCAAAGCAGUACUAUCUUCUUGGUAUCUACAAGCAGAGGGCCAUCCUUGUGCUCACUCUGGUGAGCCUUGUGGUUGCUGUUAUCUGGUCGUACACUGGUCAGAUCCUUCUAGUCUUUGGUCAGGACCCAGAGAUUGCAGCUGGAGCAGGGAGCUACAUCCGGUGGAUGAUUCCAGCACUGUUCGUGUACGGGCCACUGCAGUGCCAUGUCCGGUUCCUGCAGACGCAGAGCAUAGUCCUCCCGGUGAUGCUGAGCUCAGGUGUUACAGCACUUAACCAUCUGCUAGUGUGCUGGCUGCUGGUAUACAAGAUUGGUCUGGGCAACAAGGGUGCUGCCUUGGCCAAUGCCAUUUCGUACCUGACCAACGUCUCCAUCCUGGCAAUCUACGUCAGGCUUGCACCAGUCUGUAAGAACACCUGGAGAGGGUUCUCAAAGGAGGCUUUUCAUGACAUCCCCAGCUUCUUGAGGCUUGGUGUUCCAUCUGCACUGAUGGUUUGUUUGGAGUGGUGGUCAUUUGAGCUUCUGGUGCUUCUUUCUGGACUUCUCCCAAACCCAAAGCUCGAGACAUCAGUUUUGUCCAUUUCCUUAAACACAGGCUCUUUAGCGUUCAUGAUCCCUUUUGGGCUUAGUGCAGCCAUCAGUACCCGUGUUUCAAAUGAGCUUGGUGCUGGACGACCCCAAGCUGCCCGUCUGGCUACCCGUGUGGUCAUGGUGCUGGCUAUCGUGGUUGGCAUAUUAAUCGGACUGGUUAUGAUUUUGGUGCGCAAUUUAUGGGGAUAUGCAUACAGUACAGAGGAGGAAGUAGUGAAAUACAUCUCCAAAAUGAUGCCGAUCCUGGCUGUGUCAUUCUUGUUUGAUUGCGUGCAGUGUGUUCUUUCAGGUGUUGCUAGGGGUUGUGGGUGGCAAAAGCUUGGUGCUUGUGUUAAUCUUGGUGCGUACUACCUGAUUGGAAUUCCAGCAGCCUUUUGUUUCGCCUUCCUUUACCAUCUAGGUGGAAUGGGACUUUGGCUGGGAAUAAUCUGCGCACUCGUCGUCCAGAUGCUAUUGCUUCUCGCAAUUACUUUGUGCAGCAACUGGGAGAAAGAAGCUUUGAAGGCAAAGGACAGAAUUUUCAUUUCAUCCCUACCAGUAGACAUGACGACAUGAAACGCGCAAGCCACACGAUUUUGUUGGAGGCAAUGGCCAACAAACUUUGACAAGGAACUCUUCAAGACUUGCUCGCUCGGGCAGGGGCUACUUUUCUCCACGACAUCAUAAUGACACUAUUUUCUAGGAAACAUCAGCGGAAAAUUGAUUUUAAGUCAAAUUUGCUGAUACGGGUACCGAAAUAUAUCAAUGAUAGAAUUAUUUUGUAAUUGCUGGAUUAAACGAUAUUUAAAGUUAAAAAAUUCUGGAUUAUGACCUCAUUAGUAAGCAUGGUGCUUGGUGUUCGGAAAGUGCGUGUCACCUGCGAGAUAUUGGAUAGAUUGUGAAUCUUAAUGCGAACACAUGUUAGUUCAAAUGCUCAGUUACGACUUGUGAAA